UCCCCGCGGUGGCAGGUGGUGUGUCGUGUUGACUGCUAGUACACCAUCGUACAUUUAAUACAAUCACUCGCCUAAAUAUUAUGACAUCGUGGAUAUUAUCGUGACGUAAACUUUAUUCCUUUUCGAUAUAGUUAGUUUUCACAAUAAGUGAAGUGUUUGUGCCGUGACAAGACAAAGUGUUAACACAAUUUUGAGAAACUAAGGCGAAAAGAAACUGUUAAGUUCAAAAAGAUACUAGGAGAAAGAAUAAAUUAAGAUGGCGUUGUUGGGUAUGGUGUCCGCGGUGGCGGGCUUUGUCAAAGUCCGCUACCUCAUCGACAAGGCGGUUAUCGACAAUAUGGUGUUCCGAAUGCACUAUAGAAUCACCUCGGCCAUAUUAUUCCUGUGCUGUAUACUCGUGACUGCCAACAACCUAAUUGGUGAGCCGAUCUCCUGCAUCAACGACGGUGCCGUUCCCGGCCACGUCCUGAACACAUUCUGCUGGAUCACGUAUACAUUCACCCUUCCGCAUGCCAACAACAAGGGAAUCGCCCAUCCUGGCCUUGGCAACGAUUACGAAGAGGAGAAACGCCACCACGCCUACUACCAAUGGGUGCCUUUUAUGCUGUUCUUUCAGGGAAUGCUCUUCUACAUCCCCCACUGGAUCUGGAAGAACUGGGAGGAGGGGAAGGUCCGCAUGAUCUCCGAUGGCAUGAGAGGAACUGUCGCCAACAUGCCUUCAGAUGACAAGGGUGACCGUCAGAAUAGACUAGUACAAUAUCUGAUGGACACGCUGCACAUGCAUAAUGCAUACUCUUUCGGAUAUUUCUUCUGCGAAGUGUUGAAUUUCGUCAACGUGGUUGGGAACAUAUUCUUCUUGGACACAUUCCUCGGCGGAGCUUUCUUGACUUAUGGCACUGAAGUGGUUAAAUUUUCGAAUAGGAAUCAAGAAGAUCGUACCGAUCCUAUGAUUGAAGUAUUCCCGAGAAUAACAAAGUGUACAUUCCACAAAUACGGUUCUUCGGGAACAAUUCAAAAACACGAUGCCCUCUGUGUUCUUGCUUUGAACAUCCUUAAUGAGAAGAUAUUCAUCUUUUUAUGGUUCUGGUUCAUCAUCCUGUCAGUGGUAUCCGGAUUAGUAUUAAUUUAUUCUGCAGCCAUGAUUCUUAUGCCAAGAACUCGCGAGACGAUUCUGAAGCGACGAUUCCGUUUUGGCACACCCAAAGGCGUUGAGGCUCUCGUCAGAAAGACCCAGAUCGGCGACUUCCUGCUUCUUCACCUACUUGGCCAGAAUAUGUCUCUACGUGUGUUCGGGGAGGUACUGGACGAGUUAUCACGAAGACUGCACCUAGGAUCUAACGCUCCUUCGGCCCCAUCCACUCUCGAAAUGGCUCCGAUUUACCCUAACAUUGGCAAGUUUUCCAAGGAGACAGAGACGUAAACGAAUGAGGAGGGAAGGCAGGUGGGCGCAAACGCAAUGUUUCAUGACAUAAUGCUGUGUAUCAAUACAGGCUGUGCACUUGGUUUUAGUCUACAAAAACCCAUUAUCAUCACGUGCCUAUAGUUCUUUUGCGCCCAUCUGCCUGCAUGUGAUGAUAUUGAAAAAGAGCAAUAAAUAUGCUUUAGCAAUAAACGAAAUAUUUUUUAUUUUCAUUCAGGGCUUACUCCAUGAAAUAAACUUAUACAUAUAUAUUGUUCUUUUUCUAGGUUUAUAAGAAAUCAGGUAUUUGAGAUAAACAACGGUUCAUGACAUUCCUUUAAUAAUGUUUAUUUAGGCGAAAUUGUUGUAAAUGCAGAGCUGCAGCCCUCUAGGCUUGGUUCCAUUUAAGGUCUCAUUAAUUUGUGCGUUUCUAUGAAGCGAGAGUGACGAGAAAUGGAUUUUGUGAUUGGAUGUUUUGAUGAAGGUGAAAGUGUACAGACCAAGACUGUUAAGUAUUUUAACGUAGUGACAUAAUAACACGUUGUUGUUAUGCUGUGAACCUAAGGGUUUUUGCCUUUUACGAUUUUUAGUACUAGAUAAUAAAAUGAAUAAUCUUUAAUGAAUUUACAAUUGAUCUUAGCCACAUAAUGCCGCUGAAUUUUUUUAAACUAGAUUGUAAGGAACAGACCUAUUAAUUCCAUAGUGUAGGAGAUUAUGUAAUAACUGAAAUCACUAUAUCGAGCAACAUGCAUAUCUCAUUAGAUAAGUAUUUUGAAUGUGCAUUACAGUGAAUGUAAGUGAUUUAAAAGUGACAAAAAGACAAAUGUUUAGAAAUUUAAUCCUUGUGCCUUAUCGUAAUCCCAGAGGUGCAAAAUAUAAUAGGACAAACAAUAAUUGAGAAACUCCUAAAUUCAUAAUGUACUCGUAACUUUGUGCCAUUAUAAAAAUUAUAUGUAUAUUUACUGCAAAGGGGCAACAUUUCUUAUGACUACUAUAUUAUUUUGUCUAUUAAUUAUUGGUAAGAUGAUUUAAAAUAAUACUAUUUACUAUAAGACAUAAUUGAUUUAGUUAGACGUAUUUUUGAGAGAAACAGUGUUUAAAUACUGGCUGUAAUAUUAUUAUACAGAAAACAUAUGAAAUGUAUAUUUUUACAUCAAUAUGCUUGUACCUUGCAGUUCAAUUUAUUUACACUGAUCGAUAAAUGGCGAUUAUGUUAAUCGAUUAAUUAGAAUUUAAGUGCGUCAAUUUUUAUGCUAUUUCUAUUAGACAUCUACAUUCUUCAUUUAUAAAAACGUAAAGACAUUAUUACGAAUUGUAAUUAAUUUCAAGAAUUAUAAGGUACAUUUAGAUAGUAAGUUCCAUUUU